AUGUUCCAAGUCGCUGCAUUGUGCCGUGGCUUUCUAUACGCGCUUAAUACUACUGAGGUGCAUGGGCAGGAGGAGUUUCUGAAACUCCUGGAGGAAAGACGGGAUCAUACGUUGAGGACCCGGGGGUUGAUAACUGUUUCGAACCAUAUCAGCGUUAUGGACGAUCCCUUGAUGUGGGGGACUGUACCGCUGCAUAAUCACUGGGGAUAUCAGUCAUUCAACCGCAGAUGGGCGUUUGGAAGCCAUGAUAUCUGCUUCAGCAACAGAGCCCUUUCCGCUUUCUUCACCCUGGGCCAAGUCCUUCCAACGCACAGGCUAUACCACUCGUCCUAUGGUGGGCUCUUCCAACCCACUGUUACCCAGGCAAUCCGAUUACUGUCGCGAGGUCCUUUCCCUACCAAUCCCCAUACCGCGCCAGGGGAUAUGCAACAAUGGAGCUUUCAAAAUGUCUGCGUCGACCCGUUCUCCGAAGUUGCAACGGCAUACACUACCACAAGCCACGAUUCCUACCUCGCACCGUCAGCGUACGCCUGCAAUUCAUAUUCAUGGGUACACAUAUUCCCAGAGGGUAAGAUUCAUCAGUCACCGCCCAAAACCAUGCGAUACUUCAAAUGGGGCGUCUCCCGUUUGAUCCUCGAAGCGUCAGACUGUCCUGACGUUGUUCCCAUCUGGAUCGAAGGCACAGAUGAAGUGAUGCAUGAGAGCAGGGCGUUUCCACGGUUUCUUCCCCGCAUAAACAAGAAGAUUAGUGUCACAUUUGGCCAAAGAGCGGAUGCGGAGACCGUUUUUGGUGAUUUGAGGAGACGCUGGCAGAAACUGAAGGCUGAAGCUGAAAAGGAUGGGGAGCCGGCCCCACUGGGGGUACUCAACGAAGAGCUCAUGUAUGGGGAAAAAGCUGUGGCGUUACGUAAAGAAUGUACAAUGAGGGUUCGAGAACUGGUACUACAAGUGCGCCGCUCAAGGGGCCUCCCGGAUGAAGAUCCCAAAGCGAGUUUAGCAGAAACUUGGGCGUGGGAAGGCCCCAAAAGGGAGGGCAAAAUGGAUGACGACUCUUGGGUUCGAGAUAUUUGA